UUGUUAUUCAGAUAUACUUGUAAGAGGUACUGUGAGCAUACAAUGGUGCUUUAAUGAAUCUAUUUUAUUACAUCUUGUAGUGACAAGUUGACAUCCAAUUGUUUAAUUAGGCAAGACAAUCUCCAUCGAUAAUACACGAGAGCAAUAUAAAACACUUUGGGUAAUGGACUGUAACUCUAUGACAUGAAUAUCUGAAGACGCUGAGAGAGAGUUAUCGAUCAGUCAGUCAUGUUCAUGGAACACACAUGGUACUCCGUCUCUCUCUUCUUGUUCUUUCUCCUCGUCUCCGGCAAACUUUUCUUCCGGAGAAAAACCCGACUCAAGAACCUUCCUCCAAGUCCCACCGCCCUUCCCAUUAUCGGUCACCUCUAUCUCAUAAAAGAACCAUUCUACAGAACUGUACGCAGCCUUUUCGAUCGGUAUGGUCCCAUCCUAUUCCUAUAUUUCGGGUCCCGCCCUGCGUUAAUCGUUUCCUCUGCUUCCGCGGUUGAAGAAUGCUUCACCAAGAACGAUGUCAUCUUUGCAAAUCGUCCUUAUUUCCUUAUCGGCAAGCACCUCCACUAUGAGCAUACUACAGUCGCAACGGCCUCGUAUGGCCCUCACUGGCGCAACCUCCGUCGCCUCACCACACUGGAGAUCUUUUCUACCACGCGCCUCAACAUGUUUUCCGGCAUUCGACACCAAGAAGUUAGACUACUCUUGUCCAAGCUAUUUCAGAGUUCGCGGCAAGGUUUUGUACAGGUGGAGUUGAAAUCCAAGUUUGCGGAAUUGACGUUUAACAUCAUGAUGCGGACGAUAGCCGGGAAGCGGUAUUACGGGGAUGACAUCGAGGAGAAAGACCUUGAGGAUGCACGGCGCUUCCGGGAUAUCAUAAGAGAAUUUUUCGAAGUGGGUGGCGCUACCAAUUUGGGAGAAUUUUUGCCAAUUGUAGGGUGGAUGGACUGUAAAGGCGUGGAGCGAAGGAUGAAGGCAUUAAAGAAGAAAAUAGAUGCGUUCUUGGACGGGUUGAUCGAUGAGCAUCGACGUAAACAGGAAUUCGAAGGAGAGGAGAAAAAAAAUCUUAUGUACAUUUUGCUGUCACUGCAACAAGAUGAUCCGCAAUACUACACCAACGAAAUCAUCAAGGGAAUUAUAAUGAUGAUGUUGAUUGCGGGAACGGAGACCUCAGCCACGACGAUAGAAUGGGCUAUGGCACUUCUGUUCAACCAUCCGGAGGUGUUGAAGAAGGCAAGAGCCGAGCUGGAUGCUUAUGUGGGACAGGAUCGGUUGAUGGACGAACAAGAUAUCCCCAAGCUGCAUUAUCUCCAAGGUGUCGUUAACGAAACGCUUCGACUAUAUCCUCCAGCCCCACUUCUGGCCCCACACGAGUCGUCGGAAGAUUGUAGUGUUGGAGGUUAUGAUGUACCCCGUGGUACAAUGUUGUUUGUGAACGCAUGGGCGAUACAUAGGGACCCUAAAUUGUGGGACGACCCUACAAGUUUCAAGCCAGAGAGGCAUCACCAAGGUGAUGAGGGGGUAGUAGUAGAACCAUUCAAGCUGAUACCGUUUGGGUUGGGCAGGAGGGGGUGCCCUGGGGCUGGCCUGGCUAAUCGUGUGGUGGGAUUGACUUUGGGAACAUUGAUCCAGUGCUUUGAGUGGGAGAGAGUUAGUGAACACAUGGUGGACAUGACUGAAGGGAAGGGGCUCAGCAUGCCCAAAGCCACACCAUUGGAGGCCCUUUGCCAACCGCGACAAACCAUGACUAAGGUACUGUCUCAACUAUCGAACACCAUCUGAUCAAUUUUCUAGUCCAGUGACAAAUCAAGUAAAUGUCCUUUCUCUCCUUGGACUUUCCUCCGGACUCCGGAGUUGUAGUAUUAUUUUUGCCCUCCUCUGCUUAAGUUUUAAUUUCUGUCGAUUAAUGUUUAUAACCUUCUUUUUUUCCCUCCUCUUCCUUUUGUUCUUUGGACGACUUGGGCUUGAUCCUGGCCUUCUACCCACUUCCAAGGAGGCUGGCUUGGCCUAGUUCUUCAUGCUUUGUCCAAUCCAACUCCUCUUCUAGUGGCAUUACCUUUUACCUACUACAGCUACUAGAUAAAGUAGGGUUCGUUUGGGUUGGUUUCCUUGUUUGGCGCAAACUGCGUUAAUUGAGCCACUUUGGUUGAGCUAAUUAACAUUUUCUUGAUGAGCUAGUCAUGUGGUUUCAUGUCACAGUCACGAUUCUGACCUUCAAAACACUGUUGAUUUUCUGGAUUUUCACCAAAGACAGCUCCAGAUUUUUUUUUUCUUUUCUUUCUGAACCAGUUGCUUAUUAGGGUCUCAGAAAAAGAAAAACACAAAUCUCUACAUCAGCAACAUCUCAUCGAUUAACACUCGUUGCUUGUCCUCUCAAUUCUGUUAGAAUUGAAUUAUUGUGUUCCAAUUGAUCUACUUUCUUAAUGCAGACCAGUUCAAUGCUUUGCAUUAGCAGAUGGCUAAGUUGUUGUUUUCAGUUUUCUUGCAUAAAAGACUUAUAAAAAGUGAUCUAUCAUUAUGUUUUUUCA